CCAAGUCCAAACCGUCGCCACCUUUUAACGCUGCAACAAAACAACUGCUUCCAUCCUUCCUUCUAUCUAAAACCCUUCUACUCUCUAUCUUAUUGGCACUUGUAAGAUCUCUCUGCUGCACGGGACAGAGUAUGGAGGGAAUCAAAUAUGAAGAGGAAUUCCUAUUGAAUUCUCGUGGAUUGAAGCUCUUUACAUGCCGAUGGCUUCCUGAGAACCGAGAACCGAAAGCUCUGAUCUUUCUAUGUCAUGGAUAUGCCAUGGAGUGCAGCAUCUCAAUGAAAGGUACUGGGAUACAGCUUGCUAAGGCGGGAUUUGCAGUCUAUGGAAUCGACUAUGAGGGCCAUGGGAAGUCCUCUGGAUUGCAAGGCUACAUCCGAAGCUUUGAUGGCCUCGUGAAUGAUUGCUCUGAUUAUUUUACCAGCAUAUGCGAGAGAAGAGAGAAUAGAAUGAAGAAGAGAUUUUUACUUGGCGAGUCCAUGGGAGGAGCUAUGGUCCUUCUUCUACACAGGAAGAGGCCGACCUAUUGGGAUGGAGCAGUUUUGGUUGCUCCCAUGUGCAAGAUUGCUGAAGAAAUGAAACCUCCUCCAAUAAUCAUCAAGAUUUUGACACAGCUUAGUAAGAUCAUUCCAACUUGGAAGUUAAUUCCCACCAAAGACAUCAUCGAUAGCGCCAUCAAAAAUCCAGAAUGGCGAGAACAGGUUCGCAGCAAUCCUUAUUGCUACAAGGGGAAGCCUCGCCUUAAGACCGGCUACGAGCUUCUCAUGGUUAGCUUGGACAUUGAAAAGAACCUGCACCAGGUGACAUUGCCAUUUAUAGUCGUUCAUGGAGGUGAUGACAUUGUUACCGACCCUUCGGUGAGCCGAUCCCUCUACGAGACAGCAUCGAGCAAAGACAAAACCUUUAAGCUCUACCCAGGGAUGUGGCAUGCACUGACCUCAGGGGAGCCUCAGGAGAGCAUCGAUCUCGUGUUCUCAGACAUCAUUGCAUGGCUUGAUGAUAGGGCAACGCCCUCUAAUUCGAGAUCAGAAAGAGAACACAAGGCCGGGCACGACCCAAGAUCGAGUCAUAGCUCUGCAUGGCGAGAAAGCAACGUGUUAACUACUCCGAGGAGUACUGAUACUACUAAUAUGAGCUUUCGUCUCACGAAGAUCUCUACAGCACUCAACUAAUUUCUUUCAUGACGAAUUGAUUGAGAAGUUAAGUUGAUGUGGGUGCAGGAAAGAGAGUACUCUAUUAGUUUUUUAUUUUUGGGAAAAAGAUGACUAUAGUGUAUCAGUGGGGUGUGUGAGAAUUGAAAGCUCUCUGAUGUAAAGUUUACAAAAUAAUAAUUGCAUAUGUUUGUUUCAUUGGA